AGUAAAAUGUCGCAGAGAGCGGUGAUCUCAGCUCUGUGUUCUUCACAUGGUCGUGUGGGGAGGAGGAUCUCCAAGCUCAGGCGUCCACGCAGACACACACGCACAGGGUCAGCGUUCAAAGAAACGCCGUGGGAAUUUCCAAAUCUCUCUCUUUUUUCAGUAUUUCGCGUAGGGGGGCUUUACAGAGAGUCAGAGAGUCGGAGGUGGGAGAUUUUUAAAUCACACGCCAGACGGGUAUGACCAGUUGACUGAGCUCUGAGCGCUGAGCACCGUGGCGCGAUCAGACGCAGGCGCUGAACAUUUCCACCGAAAAGCUGCUUCACAGAGCAGACACUCCUUUGACAACACCAAGGAUUAAAGCAGCCUGCAUAAGCUCAGUGAAAAGGCCUUACCAGCACGUGUCUGUGUCCGGCUGGAAAAGUUUGGAGACGUUUGUGCUUGAACUUUGAAACAGUCUGCAUCCGGAUUUCACUUGAGUGCAGAGACUAGAGCUACUACAGAAGUAUGGUCCGGUUUGAGGCUUGGCUCCUUAAGGGGCUUCUGGGUCUGAUGUGGGCAUUACCAAUCUGGAUGAGCUCUCUGACACCUCAGUUCUGCACAUCUCUGGAAACGCUGAAAGAUCAGCUCAAUUUAACAUUAAGAAGACGAUAUUUGAAACAUAACUUCCCUAUUAACUACACCAUUGAAGUGCGUUAUGAAGAGGUCUUCAGACUGAAUAACAUCAGUAAGCUGAUGAAUGACUCUGCAGAUGUGAGGGAUCUCCAGGAUUUGUGGGUCAGGAUCACUGAGACAGACAUAAAGAGGAUUUUGGAGGUGCUGCCAGAGAGGCAUCCGACGCGCCGUAAAUACCUCGCAAACCUUGAUUCCCUCUUCGCAAUUGUCCAGCAAAGCUACCAGAGCCAGAACUCUGAUGAGAGAGAUUACCCAGAAAGCAUUGAGAACAUUUGGGUACGCUUGGGAGACAGAGACUAUCAGGGAUGGAAAUCUGUCAGACCUAAAUCUUUACUCGACACCUGUUAUCGGACCAUGCACUGCCUAUUCAAGGAAUGCUUCUUAAGGAACGGCAGCCAAUAUGACUACUGCAACAUUCAGCACUGGAGACAAGCGAAGGGAACACAGGGAUGAUAGAAGGGUCCCUAAAUGAGGAUUUUCUACUGGCAAAUGUGUAAAGGCCACAGGCAUGCGCUGUGUUUAUUAGUGCUCACAAAGCUACCUUUAUCCAUCCAUCUGUCCAUCCUGUAUGUGUGUAUGUGUAUAUAUAUAUAUAUAUAUAUAUAUAUAUAUAUAUAUGGUUAGAUAGAUAUCAAAUCCAACAUGAGCACAGAUGGCUUUCCUUUUGCUAUAGCAUAUUCUAUCUCUAAUUAGAAACUAUAGCUAACUCAACUAAUUGCCCCCUGGAUUCACACUGCCCCAAAGGAAUUUAAUGGUGUUCUUAAUGAUCUUGAUCCUGUGUGCCAAAACUAGCAAUGAGUGUAUGUGCGUGUGUGCUAUGAUCUUCUACAGGUAAUAGAAGUGAGCAUGUAUAUAUGGCAUGCAGAUGUUUUGCUGACUGCUGGCUUAGUCAGCAGAUUCCUGUCUCCUUUGCUUUGCGCUUUGAUAUAAGCUACGUUCUCAUUAAUAUUAAAUAUUACGUGUUUGUAGCAAUACAUUUUCAACUGUUAAUUUUUUUAAUGCAUUUUGUGUGUAUGUGUGUGUGUUAUUUAUUUAGACGUCUACAGAAAGUUCUAGAAACUAUGUUAUUAAAAUAAAUAAACAUCACUCUGGCGCC